UUUAUUUUAGAAGUGGUAUUCGUUGGCACCAUACACUUCAUUAGUACUGCUAGGAGGACUACAGUACACACAGGUGAAAAUGUGAAACAGGAUUUACAUGGAUGAGUACCAAAAUUUCACUUUUUAAAUACAGCUUGGACAACAGAGGACACAGAAUAAAUUAAACUCGGGAAGGCGGGCCAAGCCCUGAGGACUCGCACAACCUUGAGGAGGGGCAUUUUGAUUGGAGGAGAGCAACACCAAUCAAAUCGGAUAUCAAAAAUCACAUCUGCCCCGAAUAGGUGCGAUUUCACCCGGGAGAAGGUCAUGGUUAACCACCUAUAAACGCUGGUUAUUUUCUCUAUACCCCCUUCCUUCUUGGCGUCGAGAAUGGGUGACUGCUACAACGGCACGUCAGAGUGUUACUACAACCAUUCGGUCGAGUUCUUCUACAACUCCAGCGGGAAGCCGAUCAGCUGCAUGUGGCACACGCAAGACUAUGUAGUGGUGGGGCUGGGCCUCACGGUGUGCGUCAUCAUCAUCCUGGCCAACCUCAUGGUCAUCGCCGCCAUUGCGAUCAACCGCCGAUUUCACGUUCCCUUCUACUACCUCCUGGGGAACCUGGCGGUGGCCGACCUGUUCUCCGGCAUCUCCUACGUGAACCUGAUGCUCCACACGGGGCCCUGGACCAUCGACCUGACCAAGCGCCAGUGGUUCAUCCGCCAGGGCCUGGUGGAGACCAGCCUGACCGCCUCCGUGCUCAACCUGCUGGCGGUGGCGAUCGAGCGGCACCAGACCGUCUUCACCAUGCAGCUGCACAGCAACAUGUCGAACCGCCGGGUGCUCCUGUUCAUCCUGGGAAUCUGGGCCAUGGCCUUCGUCUUGGGCCUCGUGCCCAUGAUGGGUUGGCACUGCAUCUGCGACCUGCAGAACUGCUCCAUCAUGUCGCCCAUCUACAGCCGCAGCUAUCUGGUGUUCUGGGCGGGGUUCAACCUGCUGACCUUCUCCGUCAUGGUGGCCAUGUACACGCGCAUCUUCGUCUACGUGCACCACAAGAGCCACGUGAUGUCCCAGCACACCACCCAGAUCCGGCACAGGGAGACCGUCAUCAACCUCACCAAGACCGUCUCCAUCAUCCUGGGGGCAUUCGUGGUCUGCUGGACCCCUGGCCUGGUGAUCCUCCUGCUGGACGGGCUGCACUGUGAUGCCCACUACGUGCUGACCUUUGAGAAGUACUGCCUGGUGCUGGCCGAGUGCAACUCCCUGGUGAACCCCAUCAUCUACUCCUUCCGGGACAAGGACAUGCGCUCCACCUUCAAACGCAUCCUCUGCUGCCUCUGCAGGAGGUGCCCAGAGCCCGAGGGGAAGCCCCCAAACCUUCAGUUCGACACGCUGAAGCGAGAGAUGUACCUGAAACUGAAAGCAUACCUGUCCUCCUGGAGGAGGAGACGAGCCGCUGGGUCCUCUCAGCCCGGCGCGGAGACGCCCGACGCAGCCUGCUGGACCACCGACAUCCUGCCUGCCUAAAGCAGCCAAUCACGGACACGCAACAGAGACACUCACACAUGCUGCCUGCAUAAAGCAGCCAAUCACGGACACGCAACAGAGACACACACACGCUGCCUGCCUAAUGCAGCCAAUCACAGACACGCACAGAGACACACACACAUUCCGCCUGCCUAAACUAGCCAAUCACAGACACAGACAGACAGACACACACACACACACACACACACACUUCAUAUGCAUUCACACCUCAUACACAGUCAGGAGCUGUGUACAGUAUGGACUGUGGGGACCGUCCGUACUGUGUACAGCUGCUGAUGGUGCAUUGCUUUUCCGGCAAGAAAACAAACCUACUGCACACACACUUAACACUGUCAACAGCUGUUGCUUUCAAAAGGGGCAAAUAUUCAUAAUUAGGAAGCAAUAAUCCUUUUGAUACUCAAGACGAUAACAUGGAUACUUGCUUUGUAUUCAUUUCUGAUGCAUUUAUACCUUUAAAUAAUAAAAAAAAAGUUUGAAAGAAAACACAAACGACAAU